GCCGCCGGAGAAGAACGACAGAAAAUGGCGAGUCAGUGUAAAAGGCAGCAAUGCUCCAUCGACAGGCGCGGCUUUCGGCAAGAACUUGACUCAUGGCGACACAAACUCAUCCACUGUGUAGGUUUUGAGAGCAUUCUUGAAGGUCUGUUUGGCACAGAGCUGGUAGAAGACCUACAAUUAUUUAAGGAUUUAGAGCCUGUAGCAGUGUCUGAUUGGUCUUUUGAUGAAAAUUGUUUGUUCUGCUGUUUUAGAAGAGAUAAAGUUAAGGAACACUUGAUCGGCUUAAGUAGCGACGAGAGUCGACAAGAUCCACUCAAACCUAUAGAGGUGAAAGAUUGGACCACCAUCAGCAAAUUAGAGAGGCAAGCAGAGGAAUUUCUCAAUGCAGUCCUCUGUAAUAAAGAUGUGCCAAGUUUCUCUGACCCACACAUCCCAGUAGUGGCGCGAGAGAUCCUCCAGAAAAUGAUCCGACAGUUUGCCGCCGAAUAUACCUCAAAAACCAGCUCUCCUCAGGAUAGUGGCUCAGCCCCUCAGCCAAGCUCUGACCAAAGCCCGCAGACCCAAGUUGUGACUUCUGGGACUCCACCUAGCAGGGCGGGGCCUGCACUCAGCCACAACCCCGUCCUCAGCCAGCUCCUCAUGGCCGACCAAGAGGCCCCUCUUGACCUCACCAUCAAAAAGACCCCGUCUGAGCCCAGUGAACAAGAGGGAGUCCUUGACCUGUCCAUCAAAAAGAGCUGCCAUAGCAGCAACAGCUUGCCAGUCUCCAGUCCGCGCCUUUCUCCUAAGGUGUCCAUGAUCAAAGGUGAGUGUCAAGACAUCCACAUUGCAAAGGCAAAAGAAAUCCAGUCCACCUCAACACUGGAACAGUUCAUGGCCAAACUCUGCCGCCACCAUCAGAGAACGAUUGUCGAUGCUAUAGGUUUCCUGCAGACGGAUGUUGCAGCCUCUAAGACGCAGCAAACUAGUGACUCUGGAGUCCAGGGAGCGACAUGCUGCACUCCAAAAUCUGAUACAGUCACGCCUGAGAAGUCGUGUUUGGAGCUAGAGUUUCCUAGCGAAUCCAGGCCAAAAUUUCAGGUCUUGGAUAUGUCUUGUUCUAUCCAAAGCAAUAGGGUCACGAAAAGAUUUCUAGAGAGUGUAGUUCCAUUGACAUCUGUUGUUGCCAGCCCCGUGUUGGAUCUUCAUAGCCCUAGGUCAGUGAGCAACAAGGCUCUUAUCCCUGUAGAAACUGAGAACAACCGUCAUGGUGAUCAUGCACCUCUUAAAAUGAAAAUCAUGAAAAGCAGUAAUGUUUCUGCUGGUAAAAAGUUAUCUUGUGUGCUAACGACCUCGCUUACAUCUGACUCCGACUCUUUGGAGGACAAACAAAUUAACUCAAAUUCACUGAACAGAACAGACAGUCCUAGCGCUAGACUCAGCUCAUCGCUAAACAGGCAACAUCAGAUAAGUCAGGUUCAUCAUGCAAUGCAGAGGGGAGCUGUGUGGCAAGCCAAGGGUGUACCAACUAAACAGUUUUCAGUUCCUGUGGCUUUUACCACAGAGUCACCACGAACUGCCAGGAAGACCAUCCGGCCAUCCACUCUUCAACACACUAGACCCGCCCCUUACAGGACGGUUGAUCCUGAUCUUGGCCACUGUGACAUUGUUUACAUUGACAAGCCAAUUACAGAGUGUUAUAAAGAGCAACGUAAUUUGAUUCCCCGUCGCAAUGCUAGAAAAAGCACUAGAGGACAUUUGUAUUCAGAUGAAAUUUGGGAGUUAAAAACUGUCCGCACAUUGGCAGGCAGGGGUAACUGUCUUAAUCCAAUGCCAGAAUUGAUUACACUCGUUACCCCCAAACAAAGCCUUUCCAAGCCUGAAGGUGUACCCCCGGUAGAUAUGCCUUUUGCUGGCGCGUGUAGAGAGACGAUAAGUGAGGGGAUACCCUCAGAAAAGUCAGAUGAGAGUAUGGUACCAGGGACAGGAGAGAUGGUCGAAGUGGCAGCCAGUGAAGUACAAACGUUAGUUGUAGUAGAAACUAGUCAGACAGAUCAGGUUCAGAGCAAGUUAGAGACCCCCUUACCCAUCAUGAACUCUGUAACAGAAAACACAGUAACAGAUCACACAACAUAUAACACCAAUGACGAACCACUCCAGUUAGACCAGGAUGAACCUUCUGAUGUCAAGAAAGUGAGUGCAAGUGAGGAAAGUGUAGCACAUGCUACAUUUGAAGUGGAAAAGGAGAACGAGCCUGAAACUGAAAAUAAUGAAUCUACUGGUCAAGUAAUGUCAGAAACAGCUGUAGAGAAAUCUGAGAAAAUCAGCACGCAAAAAGCUGAAUCUCAAAUUUCAUCAGAUAAAAUACAGAGCAGUGAGGUGCUGCCCCUCAAUGCUAGCACACCAUCAUCCAUAAAUCAUGCAGAGAACCAAGAGUCUGAAAAAGAUAUGGGCGAUGAGAGACCCCAGGAACCACAGCAAGGGAUAGUCUCUGAAGAGACGGGAAAGUCCAAGAACUCUGGUUCAACUGAGGACCCAGUAUUGAGUGAGCUAGAAGGUCCAACAGCUGUCGUUGAAAGUGUUGUGCCUGUAGCGACAUUAGAAGAACAAGAUGAUACAUACGAUAUUUCUUUGAAGACACUUGAUACUCUCUUAAAGGAAUUACCUCCUUGGCGUAGAAAAAAAGGCAGCGUUAUCUCACUGCCAAAGAGGUUACAACAAGCAAAGACUAUAAUCGUGGGCUACGUAAAUGGGAGACCUGUAUCAGCCUCUGACAGAAGUCUGCGUCGUAGAGUAAAUACCAGUAGCACCUCACCAACGAAAAGCUCAGUGAAACAAAGUCAGAAAAUACAGAACCAAGUUGAGUUUGACACAACUGAAACCAAGAACUUGGUGAAAAAUACCACUGAAACAGAGAUUCCUGCAGAAUCAAUUGUGAAUACAUCUGAUUGCCCACUAGUUUCAUCUUCGGACAUACCAGAAAGCCCAAAAGUUGAAGUCUCACCCAAAUCUAAACCAAUCCAGAAACACAAGCUUGGUCAGCAAGAUGAACCAACUGAGAACAAACGACAGCUAAGAUCAGCUGUCCAGAAAGGAGAUGAAACCCUUUCAUUAGUACCUUCAACUGUAGUCCCAUCCGUUUCACCUCCAAAACCUAGUACUACCCCUGCUCCUCCAGAACUGCCUCCUUUGUGUCUUCCUCCUUUAGCAGAGUCGUCUCAACCUGCAAUCCCUGAACCACCUCAAAUGAACUCUGUCCAACAGGCACCGGUGGAGUUAAACAUUGAAGAAACUCAAACAAUAGAAGAAACUCCAAGUUUGCCAGUCAGACAAAAGUUAAGAUCUUCAAAUGUGGGAGGAAAGGAAAAUAAAAAUGAGAACCAGCAGCUUUAUGUAGAGUUAACCAGUCCAAUGGAGGAUAAGGCUUCUCCUAAGACUGAAACACCAGCACAUGAAACAAGAGGAAAACGUGUUCUUAGACUGGAGCCUGUGACACAGAAAGCAAAUGCAUUAUUUUCAGAUGAGAAUUUUGGAAGUUCCCAUCUUAACAGCGCUUGUGGAGGAGACAACCUCACAAGAAUGCCAUUGAGGAGUGAGAGUAGCAAGGCUGAACAGUGCCCUCAACCUGCCCCUCAAUGCCCACCAGACAAGAAGCUUUCUUUGCGAUCCCAAAGGUUGUCUUCACCCUCCACCAGUGCGCUCUCCGUAUCCGGAAAGAACACUGAAGUGGCAUUACUGCCCAGAACACCUCCUGAGAAAAUAAUGAAAACUCAAAUGAAAGUCCCUACAUUACCUACUGCAUUAUCAGCCUCCCCUGUAAUGGGACCAAGACACCAGCCACGCAAACAGACCAACAAGUUCUUAGAGGCACUGACUAGAGGGGAAAAUCAACACCUGCUUACCAACUUGAACCUCAAAUAUGAUAAGAUGCAGAAAGGCUGGCUGCAAAUGGACAGAGAUGGCCAGACAGCAGCUAAAUAUAAAAACAAAGCAGACAGACAAGCUGCCAUAUGGAAAAGUAAACGUAGGGCUCGCAAGCAAAAGUCUUUGGAGCACCAGAAGUGCUCACCGGUGCAAAUGCUCUUCAUGAAGGACUUUAAUCUUUCCAGUAUUUGUCGCUGGUUCCUGGAGUCAACCGAAACAAAAUCUCUCAUCAUUGUUAAGAAAGUAAACACACGUCUUCCAUCUGAAACUCAGCUGUGCUUCCACAGCUCGUCCAGUGGGUCAGGAGCAUCUCAGGGUGUUUUUCCAAGCUUACAGGCAGAGCGCUUAAAGAAACAUCUUAAAAAGUUUGCCAUCACCUCUCCUGUGAAGAGCAACCCCAAAAGUCAGAAGCUGAUAGCUAAAGCCCUGGAGCAGGAGAUGACCUCAGUCAAGGGCAAAGAGAGGCGAGAACCUCCCAGUGCUGCUCACAUGUUCAAUCAGUCGGACGUCUGUGUUAACGCUCGGGGACACUGUGAACCCCAGAAAGCACCCGGGAAGCCUAAGAAUCCGGCGAGUGCCAGGAUUUUGAGGAAAUACUCCAACAUUAGAGAGAAGAUGCAGGUUCAGCAAACCAAUGUUCGACUAAAAAGCAUCUCCAAAAGCUUAAAGGCCAACAGUUUGAAAAGAUUUCCCACAGAAUCUGUUUCUCAGUCAACCUUCAAGCCUCCUGUGAAGGCACCCAAAAUACCCCGACCUGUUCCUAAGCCCACAAAAGCGUCAAAUAUGGGAAGAAGGAAAACAUUUGCAAGAAAGAGGGUGAUGAAACAUCGAGCUACCAAAGCUCUGAAUGUCAGUCGGGUAACGAGGUGUUCGCAGCGACUGAGUUCUGUGGUCAGCUUAUCAAAAAGCAAAGCGGACAAAAAAACAUCGGAAGUUGAAAAGGAUGGGGAAAAAGUCGCCAAGAGCAAAGUGAAUGCUGGGAAAUGUCAAAUAAAUGUCUCACCAGAUAGGAGAGAAAUCAAAGAGGCCCCUGAAGCCGCCCUGCAAAGUGUGGACGUGAAGCCUCUGAGCGUUCCUGACCAGGUGUUGACAAGAUCCCAGAGCAAAAUGGAAGCGGUGGCAAAGAGGCGCAAGCUAGCCAAGGAAAAAGCAGCUCUCAAGUCUGCCAGGAAGGUUGAGAACAUGAGCAAAAAAGUUGCUGUGAAGAGAAGUUGCUCCACCAUGUUGUCACGUACCAGAUCUCAGGAGCUCCUGGCGACUCCUGCUAAGCGCACCAGAACGUCGAGGUGAAAAUGACUUGUUUCUUCUUUGAUCUGGAACAUGUGAAAAAUAAGACCUCACCAAAGUCGGUAUGCAAAAGCCUUUGGUAAAGCUUUGACGGGACAAAAUGCAAAUGCAAUGGUUUGCUGGGCGUCGGCUCGGCGCUUCAGGGACUGCACAUGGACCACAGCGGCUUUAACUUUUUUUUCAUUUUUUUUUUUUUUUUUUUUUUUGGAGACUUCUGACAUGACCGAACAAGACAAAAACCUCAUUUCCUUUUUUGGGCUCUGUGGCAACCAGGUGACACUAAACCUCUUUCCAUCCAUUUUCUUUCCCCAUCCAAUAACAACGUGCAUCCUGCGCCCCGCGUUCUAAUCACAGCCGAUGGCCAUGUGACUAUCGUGACCAGGUGCCUUAUUUAUGAAGUUAAAGAAUGUUUCCUCCUUGUUCAUAGUUCGAAAACAAGUGUAUGCAAAUAAUCUCGUGUUAACUUGGCUGACAGAUGUAUUUUUCUAUGCCCACUUCCACAGCAUUAACUUUAUUGUAGUUGCAUUAAGAUUAAGUACUUUGUGUUUGAUUUGUUCUUGGACCUUGAUUUAUGUCGAGAUCCAUUCAAGUACACAACAAACAAGCCUGCCAGGAAAUUGCUGAACCACCAGGGGUGUUUUUAUUUCAGGAAGCCUGAGGAGCAUUAAAAGGACAUUCCAGGCUGGUGAAUACAUAUUUAACACUUUAACACUGUAAAUGAAGACCUUGUCCGCCCCUUUUUAUUAUUAUUAUUGUUAUUUAAGUGCUGUGCGUCACCUCCUUAAUGUAGCCCAUCUGAAACAGUCCACCAAAUAUUCAAACUUGAACGUGUUUAUUCACUUGCUAUUUAAAUAUUUUGGGUUUUGUAUAUUAGACAGAGAGAAGUGCUUUAUUUGUGGUAAUCUCAAGAAUGAACGGGUUUAUGUUAACAUGGUUGUAUUUUUGCUGGAGUUGACAUAAAGAUGGCUGAAUUUGUUUGCUUGGUCUCUGGCUUUUUAAUAUUAUUUUAUUUUACAAAAGGCCCUAAAACUUAAAAGUUUACAUUUGCUGAUUAAGGAGUACUGGGGCCAUACUUAGCAACAUAAAAAAAAGUCAAAUUAUGACACAAAGACAAUAAGAUAUGUUACAAGAAUAAAUAAUUUUCUUCCAGAAAAAGUAAUCUUACAAGAAUUCACUUGUAAUUUUACUGAAUAAAUGACUCAGUCGCUUUCUAUAAGAUGUCUUUCAUGUAGUAUCGUAGUUCAAUAUACUGAUGGUGUUGUUACUUAAUGAAGAUGAAGACUUGUUCAAAAUUAACUGUUCUCUCACUACUUGUGAACAGUUUGUAAAAACAUUGCAACUUUUUUUUCCCAAUCAGUUUUGAUUCUGAUAACGUUUUCUUUAAAAUAGUACAAGUACUGUCAUAAAUUUCUAGUAAAACAGCUUUAAAAAAAAAAAAAAAAGUGAAUUCCUGUAAGAUUGGCAUUUUUCUUGGGAGGGAACACUUUUUCCUACAUUACAACUUUAAUAUUUUCUCAUAAAAUUGUGGCUGUCUUAUCAGAUUUUGAGAAAUAGAAUAGAAAAAAAAAAGAUACAAUUCUAUUUUUGUAAAUUUGAAUUUAUCUAGCAAUACCUAUAAAAUGCAGCUAGGUGACAGUGUUGCUCUGAAACACCUUACUGUUCCCGCUCCAUUAGUCUGUCAGCCGUCUUCAAUGAGGGAGUAGUUUUACUUUUAGUUUUGUUACGCAGUGGUUAACGACUCUUCAUCUUUCUGUUCCUAUGACAAGAAUGUGAAAAUUCACAAUAAAACAAAACAAUUAUUAACUGUUAAUAAAGGUAUUGAUGACAAGAGUUGGAUCCUGCACCAGAUUAUGUAAAUUUUGACUGGGAUUUUUAUUUAAUUUUUUUUUUUUUAAUAAGAACAACUUCAAACAACAUAUGGAACAAAUAAAAACAAUGGAGGUUUCAUGUUGCAAAGAAAAUUAGAAGAAAUGUAAGGCCGUGGUUACACUUGAAGUGUGACCUGUAUGAAUUCCGCAUGACAAAUGUUCAUCUGGUCUUUCAUAGAUGUGACUACUCUAGAUGCUUAAAAACUUCAUACACAGUGAACUCGCACUAUUUGCAGAGGAAAGGGACCAGGCUGGACCGUGACUCUCGAAAAUCUGCAUGUAAUUGAUGGCUACUAGAAUCACACUGGGGGGGGAAAAAAUAAAAAUAUUUAAUCCCCCAAAAUCUGUGAAUAGGUGGGGAUAAACAGUCAAUGAGUGUUUUGGGGAUUAGUUCUUCCCCCAAAAAGAAAAUACAAAAAUAAGAAACAUUUGAAAAGAAAAAUCUGCAAGUAGGUGAAUCUGUGGGUGCUGCAAGAAAAAAAGAAGAAUUUUUUGAAAAGAAAUUUAAAAUAAAAUCUGCAAAUAGGUGAAUCUGCGGGUGUCGCACUGCUAGUAUGUGGGGGUCCACUGUAUUAUGUCUCGGGAUCUGUGUUAAUAUUCUUUUAGCAUCCAUGUGCAUAUUUCAUCAGUCGCUCCAGUUUUUACUGUUUUGUGAAUUUUUACCUGAGGAAGGAAAUGACAAAUAAUAUUUUCUCCAGCAAAAAUCAAUGAUUAAAGAGUUCAAGUCUGCAUUAAAACUUGGAAGCUGUGACGUCAUUUCAGCCUAUCAAAAUUGUUUGUCGUCAGAGAAGUGCUGCCCCCCCAACUCCUUGUUAUAAUGGUCCAAAAAAUUAAUAAUCUGAUGGUGCCAUUUCAGGUGUGUCAAGCCAAAGGAACCUCACAAACUCCUUUGCUAGUUAACGGCGGUCACUCAAAACGGGCUCUUGUUCUUUGCCUUUGAUCCUGGACACCCACUUUGUGCUGUAGCCUAUUGCAGAUUCACCAUACAUAUUUUGCAACUUUUUGAAAAUAUUUAGUGGUGGUUCCCAUCACAAAGCAAGAAAUGUAAUUACAGCUCUCAUCCAACAAUGACAUCAUUUCCAAAAUGGCUGAAAGAGGAUAGGCUUAAGCAAAACUUUUAAAUAAACCUUCAAACAAGUAUUUGAGCUACAAACUGUGAAAAAGUCUGAAAAAAAAAUCAAUUAUUAGUAGGUGAAAUUAAAUUGGGCUCAUUACUUUUUUACUGCCCCUCGUAGUACUAAUAAAAAGACAAAGGAGGAGUUAAAAGCACACACAUAGAAGUUUAAUGAAUGAAAAGAGUGGAAUUUUGGUAAACAUUUUGUCGGUGGCACUACAUACAUUCAGCAUCAUUUUGGGACUUAUUUCGCUACAAUCCCACCAUCAAGUCGUGUGACAAAGAGAAGCAAAAUCUUUUUACAACAUCGUGUGGUUUACAUGAACAUAGUUAUGUAUAUCAUAGCUCAUAGGAUGGAGAGUUUUACUGAUUGAGUUACAGUACAUCUCAAUAUAGCACAAGCACCACUAAGAUGGCUACCAGGAAGUUGUACUUGUACACCAAAGAGACGUGAACCAACGGAAGCCAAGAAAAAUAAAAGUCACAUUCCACGAAAGGUGUGCCUUUAUGAGGCACACAGCCAAUAAGGAGGACGGUGAGCGUCCGUACGGUUACAUGAUCACCAGAAUCCGAAUUCCAGAACAGUAUGUGAUCCAUUCUAAACUAAAAGACAGCUAAAAGUUACCACUUCAUGAAUAAGCAUAUUUAUUAUCUGUACACAUUUAUACAUUCAGCUAUGUGCUCACUGCAAUUGGCACCUCAAUAAAACGUUACUUUUUUUUUUUUAAUACCAGCUAGAAAAUGUCCUGACCUUUCAUUGUGUCAUAGCGGUUGCACGGUUGUGUUAUUUUCCUAACACAAAUCAUGCUUGACAGCAGCUUAUUAUGAUGCAUAUUGAACUUCAGCUUCAUUUUUUAAUGUAAUUUUUAAAUUAAUUUGUAAUCUUUUUCUUCUUUUUGA